CAGAAGCGAACAGAGCGGCGCUACAUUCGGUCAGCAAUUACUUGUUAAAUGUUAACUUCACUGCUUCACAGAUAAACACAGAAGCGACCCAGCUGACGCUUUGGACCGUCGGACUGUCCUAUUCGGACAUUUCAACUUUUGUUUGUUUGUUUUUUAAUUUUCUGAGGCUUCAUGUGUGAUGGCUUUCGUGUCAUCUAUUGAUGUGGGACUUCUGUUUCUUGUCGUGACAGCUUCCUUAGCACAUGGUUCCUCAUCUAGCAAAGAUGUGAGCCCAAGGAGGGAGGUGGAAGUGCUCCAGCUGAGCACAAGGGCGAUGGUGCCUGACCGUGUCGACAACCUCCCCAGAGUCGCUUCUCACAGUGGUGCCAAGCUCUGCUCUGCCUGUGGCUCGCCGGGAGCCAGGAAGCGUGUAAAGAGGUGCACAUGUUAUACUUACAAAGACAAGGAAUGUGUGUAUUACUGCCAUCUGGACAUCAUCUGGAUCAACACACCAGAGCACACUGCACCAUAUGGUCUGUCAAGUUAUCAGGGUUCCCUGCGUCUGAGGCGCUCCGCUGGGACUGAGCGGAGGAGGAGGGGGCUGGAGACCCAUCGCUGUGUGUGUACCCUGCAGGCUGACUCUGGCUGCAGCAGCUUCUGCAUGGACAGGUAACUGAGCCACAGGAACAGAACAUUUGAAAUGAUGGUGUGGAUGAUGUUUUCCUUAUCCUCUCACAACUGAGGAUGGCUUACAUAGCCGGUUUGUGCUGACCAUGACGUGUGGCAUGCACUUGUCCAAGCCGCAUGAUGUAUAGGUAACUCCAGAAGCUUCUGCCAUCUGUCUCCAACACUUCAACCUGUAUGAUUAAAACAUCUCCACAAGAAAGAGAGUUGUUUUUUUUUUGUUGAGGAAAAGGAACUGUAAACAAAAAUGAGAAAACUCACUUUACACUAUUUCUUCUAUUAAGCUGACUCAUGCCAAUGUCUUGUGUGUAUGAAAUGUGUUUCUAUCUAUCCAUCAGUUGAUCUGGCUGUAGGCUAAAAAUGUUGUUUUUGCAUAUUUCCUGUAUUGGGCAGUCAAAGCCUAGUGUGAGGUAUGCAGUUCAGUCCAGUCCAGUUGGUCCAGUCUUUUUGUCUGGGCCACCCCUGUCCACAGACCAGGAACUCUGUAACUCAAAAAGAAAAUUUGCAAACAUUAACAAUACAAAUGAACCAAAUGUGCAUGCUUCAUUGAUUGUGUAUGUCUAAACCUAAUGUCAAAUCAAAUGCCUAAAAUCUACCUACAACUUAAAUCUACACAUGUGAACAAAGAACAUGACCUAACUAAUUCCACUGCUGGUGGCAGCUUAGGUCCUUCCAUCGUGACGGCCAGGGCUGAGGCCUUCACAGCUUCACAUACUGUACAUUUUCAGUACCCGCUUUAUACACAGUUA